AUGGCGGAGCUCAGCUGCCAGGCCAACCACAUCAUCUUCAACUCCAUUCUGAGCUCAUUGAGUUGGCAGCGAGGCUUGGCCCUCUUCCAGUGCAUGCGCAGCUUCAGCAUUUCACCGACGCAGGUGUCCUUCACGGCCUUGCGCUCUCCCUGGGCCUUGGCCCUGCGGCAGCUGGCCGCGAGCUCCGGCCUCGAGGCCAACGCUGUCUGCGGCAACGCGGCGCUGCGGCAGUGCCGCUGGGAGCCGGCCUUAAGGCUGCAGCAGUGGAUGCUGCGCCGGGCCCUGCAGGCUACGGAGGUCACCUGUGGCUCCUUGGUGACCUCAUGCAGAGGCGCUCCGUCCCAGUGGCCCAGAGCUCUCUGCCUAGCCGCCACUCCAGCGGCUCCAGCCGGCGCCUUGGUGAGCAUCUGCUGCAACUCCAUGGUCAGCACCUGCGAGCGAUCUUUUCAGUGGACUCGGGCCUUGGCCUUGACAGCGGCGUAUGCCGACGGCAUCACACUGAGCGCAUGCAUCUCUGCAUGCGAGAAGAGCCAAAGGUGGAGGAGGUCUAUCCAACUUCUGCAGGCGCUGCAACAUUUUCGCGGCGAGAGCGGAGCGUCCCUGCCCGUUGCCUACUCUGCAGCCACAAGCGCAUGUGAGAAGGGCAGUCAAUGGCACAACGCCAUUCGCUUGGUCGCCCAGUUGUGGAGCAACGGCCAAGCAAGCCUUAUUCCUUUUCACGGCGCAUUAACUGCCCUGAGCCGAGUGGCCCGAUGGGAGCUUGCAACUGACUUGAGGUGUCUGAGAACUUUAGCGCUUGAACCCAGCCUGGAAACCUUGAACUCCUGCAUGGGUGUCCUGCGUGUGGCGCAAAUGUGGUCCGCCGCACUUGCCGUCUGGGGAAGCCUUUGCUCCUUGGAGCCUGCGGUGGUGACGUUUGCCGCGAGCGAUGCCAGCCUCUCCGGCCUCAGCGCGCUGAAUGCGCUGAUCUCCUCGUGCUCGGAGCCCAAAAAGUGGCCCCUGGGCACUCGGCUCCUCGCAUCUGCCGAGGCAAGGGACCGGGUGAGCUUCAACUCCUUAGCCACGGUCCUGGAAAAGAGCCAGCGCUGGCUGAGAUGCACCGCCCUGCUGGCGCAGCUGCAGCAGGGAUUGCAGCCGGACUGCUUCACCUGGGACGCCCUUCUCUCGGCAUGUCAGAAGGCGGCGAAAUGGCAGAAUGCCAUUUCCAUUUUUGGGGAUGCCUCGCCGGAUCCCCUAGUCAUCGGCCUUGUUCUCUCGGCUUUGGCCAAAGCGGAUGCCAGAUCGCAGUGGCAGACCCUGCUGCAAAUGCUGGAUGAGCUGGAGAACUGCCGAGAGGUGGAUGCCUCUGUUCGAGGUGCACAGAUGCUGCAGAGCCAGCACGUCUGGAUCCAGGCCAACAGCCUGGCUGAUCGCGCUGUGUGUACCAUUGCCGGACUGGCAGUGGGCGUGGGCCUAGCAUCACUGAGCUCCUCCGCUGGUGAGAGGCUGCAGCGCUUACAGCGUCUCUAUGAGAAGCAAGCGACGCAGUAUCACCGCCAGCUGCAUCAGCUUUGGACUUGCAGCCUGCCGUCGCCCGACCUGGCUGAGACAGAGAAGCUGAUUCACAGGCUGUUCUGGAGGGACCAGAAGGGUAUCCACGAGGCAUACCACUUCCCAAGGGUUGAGCCCUUGGGUGCCGGAGCCUACGGGGUCGUCUUGCUGGCGAAGCAUCGGAAGACGGGCAUUGAGCGCGCUGUGAAGCGCAUUGACAAGCAGAUGCUGCAGCCCGGUGAGGUGGAGGCCCUGAAGAAGAUGGACCAUCCCCACAUUUGCCGCCUGGUGGAGUACUUUGAGACUCCCAGGCACCUGUGGCUUGUCACUGAGCUAUGCCGGGGUGAGGAGCUGUGCGGUCGGCUUCUUUGCUCUCAAGGUCUUCGAGAACUCGAGGUGGCCCAGUUGACGGAGCAGAUGCUGCGGUCCACGCUGCACUGCCACCGCAAGGGCCUGCUGCACCGGGAUCUGAAGCCCGAGAACUUCCUCUUCACAGGUGUGGGCUCUCACCUGAAGCUCAUUGACUUCGGCUUUGCCCUGCGGGAAGAUGCCCCGCAUUCGCCCGACAGCAAGUAUGCAGGAACGCUUCUGUAUGCCUCGCCCCAGCUGCUGCAGGGCCGGACGGCCACAGCCAGCGACGAUGCAUGGUCCUUGGGGGUGAUCUUCUUCAUCAUGCUGACUGGCCAAUUUCCCUUCUCCACCAGCGAAGACUCGAUCUUCAAGGAGAUGUACCAGCGGGGUGUCCUGCAGAAGGACAUGCAGGCAGCUUGCUCCAAUGCCCGUUUUUUAACAGCGCUCCUGAAAAGCUGGGUCCAUUGUUCAAGCCCCGACGGAGAGAAGCCCUACAUACCUCAAAAAAACGUCUCAAGGCCGGCAACCGCCUGUGGAUGCGCUGGCUCACUUUCUUGAGAUCCUGUAAGCCUUUGCAGGGCUCCUUAAAAGAUACA